UUUAUUUUGCAUUUCAUUCGACAAUUUCCAUUGCCGAAUGAUCGAAAAAAAGAAAGAAAAAUUUUUUGACAAGAAAAAAAUAAUACGAAAAUAUGUCGACCAUAUCAGAAAAUACCCAGGUUUUACCAACCGCAUCAUCGACGGGUGAUUCAUUACCAAGAACAUUAAAGAAUGGGCCACAAGAAGGUGUACAAUACCCUAUCAAAGUUAAUUAUUGUGGAGUAUGUACAUUACCCCUUGAAUAUUGUGAAUAUAAUAGCGGUUAUGAUAAAUGCAAAGAAUGGCUUCUGAAAAAUAUGCCCGAAAUGUUUGCCAAAUUAGAUACAAAUGCAAAUGAUGAUAAAGAUCCAGCCAAAAAGACUCGACAGAAACGUGGCGGUAAAGCAUUGCUAAAACCGAAAAAAAAGGAAACCGGGGAACAAAUUGUCAAAAUCUCUCGAUCAAAUCGUGGCAAAAAGAAAUAUGUGACCUUUGUACAUGGAUUGGGAAAUUUCGAAAUCGAUCUAAAGGAUGCAACAAAAUUUUUCUCUUCACGUUUUGCUUGUGGUUCAUCGAUUAGCGCUGCCGAUGAGAUAAUCAUUCAAGGUGAUGUCAAAGAUGAUUUAUUCGAUGUAUUACCAGAAAAAUGGCCACAAAUCGAAGAUGAUUUUAUUGAAGAUCUGGGUGAUGUUAAACGAUAGAUUGUAAUGAUAAAAUAUCCUUUUAAUUUUUAAAUUCUAAUGAUUCAACAAAAAAAA